CAAGGACAAUUGUUUGUUUCUAAGGGAUUUCUUAUUCAGACUUCACCUGUUUUUAAAGCCAUGUUUCAGGACGGCAAUUUUAGAGAAUCUGUGGAAGGAAAGGUCAAUAUUCAGGACUGCAGACGAAAAUCCUUUUUGGAAUUUCUCCUUUGCUUAGACCCAGCAACAAUGAAAAAGGUGGACAAUGGUAAUAUAUUUCAUGUAGCUGAGUUGAGUGAGAAGUAUCAAGUGCAUUCGUUGUCAUCAAAAUGCAAGGCAGAGAUGAUGCAAAUACUGGAGUCGACAAUACUGAAUUUAAAGGAGGGGUUUGACUUAGCCCAGCUGAAAAACGUCAUAAUGUGCAUAAAAAUAUUGCAACUUUCCAUAAAAUUGGAAAACAAAAAGAUCACAGAGAGGUCUAUAAAUGUUUUGGGUUGUUUUGGAUCGAGUUAUUACACAACACAAAGUGCCGAAAAGUUUGAAAAUUUAGUUCAUAUGGCUGUGAAAAGUCCACUACUGGAAGGAAAACCAGUUUUCGUUAACAAUAUGAUGUCUGACGACUUCUCCAGCGAAGGCAGCAAACUAUUCAAAUUACAGCAACGUUGCAAACGCUGUUUUGAGAAACUUCCUGCAGAAAUUCAGAAUAAGAUUCUUCUUGUUCGUCUAAGGUCUAGUGAAGACAACGUUUUGAGAAAAGAACAUUUAGAGGAACGUGCAAAGGAUCCAGAGAAUAUUGAAUAGUGCACACAAACAUCAUUCAUUAAUCGUUGUGUUUCUCAAUGUUGUUGAAGAUGAAUAAACUGUUUGACGUUG